AAUGUAGUAGGUACAUGUAAAUUAUUAGUCUCUAAGUACCGCAGUUUACUGUAUAUUUAAUUCAGUCGAAUUACACAUCUUGAGCUUACGCACGUCUUUUAUUUCGUACACCACAUUGGCGACGAGGAUAAAAAACGGUGCGGUUUUUGUAUUGUGCGGCGUGCAUAGUACGGACUCGAGUUGUUUCGACGGAGUGAUUUACGUUGUGGGAAACAAUGUUUAUCGCAAAUACGGUUGCGGCUAACGCGCGGAGCUGCGCGGUACGCCAUUAUGGCGGAGCGGCAACAGCGCACGGCGGAGCGGCCGGUGCGGCGUUUUGGCGCGGCGGAGCAGCCAGCGCGGGGUGUUGGCGCAGCGGAGCAGCUGGCGCGGUUAUCGGGCGCGGCAGAGCGACCGGCGCAGGGAGCUGGGUCAGCAGUACUGCUGGCGUGGCGAGCUGGCGUGGCGCAGCACGUUGCGGUGUGGCUAAUGUGGCGAGCUGGCACGAGGGGACGGCCGGUGACAUUGGAAGACGACACUACCCGGAAGGGGGUAUGGAAGGCAGAGUAACGGUAUGUCGAUUACGUAACUAUGCCUGCAGUAGGUGCAAAAGGACGGGACACCUGCGUCGCGCGUGUCCCGAACGCGGCGACCUCAGACGCGGGGAGCGUCACGGCGCCGGCGACAUCGGGCUAUAUUGCAAGGGUUCGAGAGAAGGCGACAACGCCGCGGCGGCUGGCGGAUUGGAUCUCCAUCACCUCCGGUUCAACCAAUAUAAGCCGAUACAAGGAGUUGUUCAGCGGUGGUCUUGGACGUUAUACGGGAGGAAGGGCGACGCUGCGCGUGCGGGAGGGGGCGACGCCGGUGUUCCACCGUGCGCGGCCACUGCCGUACGCGCUGCGCGAGCGUGUCGACGCCGAGCUGGACCGCAUGCUGCGCGACGGCGUCAUCGAGCCCGUCGACUGCUCCGACUGGGCAUCACCACUGGUACCGGUGAAUAAAGCGGACGGUUCCUUGAGAGUCUGUGCGGAUUAUAAAGCGACGCUGAAUCCAGUAUUACAAAUCGAUCGAUACCCAUUGCCGCGUAUAGAAGAUUUAAUUGUUAAGUUAAGCGGUGCGCGCUAUUUUUCUAAAAUAGAUCUCUCGCAAGCGUACAAUCAAAUAGAAUUAGAUGAGACAAGGAAAUAUACUGUAGUCAAUACGCAUAGGGGAUUAUACAGAUAUAACAGGCUAGUGUAUGGGUUGUCUUCCAGUCCGGGUAUUUUUCAACGGAUUAUGUGUAACGUAUUACGCGGUAUUGCUAACGUGGAGGUAUUCUUGGACGACGUCAUUAUCGGGGGAAAAGAUAUGGACGAACACCUAAAGGCACUAGGUCAAGUCUUCAGUAGGUUAGAGAAGUCGGGGCUCAAGUUAAAAUCUAAUAAGUGCGUAUUCUUAGUUAACGAGGUUCGGUAUUUAGGUUACGUAAUUAGUAACGAGGGGAUCAAAACGGAUCCAUCGAAAAUAGAAGCUAUCGUAAAAUUGCCUAGGCCGACUAAUGUAUCGGAAUUAAGGUCUUUCCUGGGGAUUUUAAACUUUUAUGGAAAAUUUAUAAAGAAUAUGAGCGAUAGGUUAGCUCCUUUAUAUUCCUUAUUAAAAAAGGAUCACGAGUGGCACUGGUCAAGGGAGUGUGAGAAUUCUUUUGUGCGUAUUAAAAAAAUACUCGGCAAUGUGGACACCCUAGCGCAUUACGAUCCGCGGAAGCCAUUAGUGGUGACGUGCGACGCGAGCGGGCGGGGCGUCGGCGGCGUGCUUACGCAGAUCGACGCCGGCGGCGGUGGCGAGAGGCCGGUUGCGUAUGCGUCGCGCACGCUAACCGACGCCGAGAAAAACUAUUCGCAAAUUCACCGGGAGGCAUUGGCAAUUAUAUUUUGCGUUAAUAAAUUCCACCAGUAUUUGUACGGGCGGCAUUUCACUUUACGGACCGAUCAUAAGCCUCUAGUGUCAAUUUUUGGGCCAAACACAGGUAUACCGACAAUGGUAGCCAGUAGAAUGCAAAGGUGGGCGAUUAUUCUCUCGGCUUACUCAUUCGACAUUGAGUAUGUAUGUUCGAAUGAAAACGGUGCGGAUGGUCUGUCGCGGUUGCCAGUCAUUAGCUGUAAACAAAACGAACCGACGCCGCCUGAGCAAACGUACUUACAUUUUGUGCAGGAAUCCUUAUCAUUGGAUUAUAAUGAGAUUAAAAAAAACACUGCACGGGAUCCCAUACUUUCGAAAGUUUUAAGUUAUAUACGUGACGGCUGGCCAUCUCAGUGUGAGAUAACGAGUAUGCAGCCGUAUUGGAAUAGACGGAAGGAGUUUUAUGACGAAUUGGGUUGCGUAAUGUGGGGGCACCGUCUCGUCGUGCCAGAGAAAUGUAGGGAGAAGGUUUUACAAAUUAUUCACGAACCGCACAUGGGCAUAGUCAAGUCAAAAGCACUUGCCCGGAGUUAUGUGUGGUGGGCGGGCAUAGACGAGGCGGUGGAGCGCGCGUGCCGGGAGUGCGCGGCUUGCGCGGCGCAGGCGGACGCACCGCCGCGACAGACGCCGCGUAUGUGGCCCUGGCCCGCACGGCCCUGGUCUCGUUUACAUUUAGACUUUUUAGGCCCCAUAGCGGGGAAAACCUAUCUAGUGAUAGUAGACGCUAUGUCGAAGUGGUUAGAAGUUUUCAACAUGACAGGGACCUCGGCGACCUAUUUAAUGGAUCGGUUAAACGAAUUGUUUAGUAGAUUCGGCAUACCACGGCAGAUCGUUUCGGAUAACGGGCCGCAAUUCACAUCCAGGGAAUUUGAAGGUUUUAAUAAGUUUUAUGGUAUUGAGCAUAUUUUUACGCCGCCAUACCAUCCUUCGUCGAAUGGGUUAGCCGAGAAUGCCGUCAAAACCGUCAAGCGAGUUAUUAAGAAAGCUAUCCAGGAGAAACAAGAUAUAAAUAGGGCACUAUGGUCAUUUUUAUUAUAUUAUAGAAAUAUUGAACAUUCGACAACAGGCGAAUGCCCGGCGAUGCUUCUGUUAGGCAGGCGGUUACGCACGCGCCUGGAUCAAUUAAAACCAGAUAGGGAAGGCCAUGUGCGGCGCGCGCAACAACGGCAGCAGGAAGCGGCUGCGGGGGCUAGUCGAAGUUUAGGCAGGACAGACGAAGUCUGGUAUAGGCAGUAUUUAAAGGGCGAGAAAUGGAUACCGGGGCAAAUAGUCGAAGUUGUAGGGAGCAGUAACUACAAGAUUAAGGGGGCGGACGGAGAAAUUGUGCACAGGCACAUAGAUCAGCUGCGUAAAUGGCAGAUGGCAUCGGCGGCUGCAACGCCAUCGAUUUCGACGCUGCUGUCACGGUUCCAGCAGGCGCCGCUAGAGGGAGCCUUCGCGGGCGCCUUCGCGGGCGCCUUCGCGGGCGCCUUCGCGGGCGCCUUCGAGAGCGUCUUCGAGAGCGUCUUCGCGGGCGACGAAGCGCGCCGUGGUGUACCUUAUCCCAUUAAGCCUAACGCAAUAAAAGAAAACGAAGGAACAACGUAA